AUGAAAAUCUCGGCUAUCUUCGCGCUGGGAGCUGCCUCUGCCGCCAUGGCGCUUAAGGGCGUGGCUCCUGAAGAUGAGCAUCUCUACAAGAUCUCCAAUGGAAUUUGGAAGUGUCUCAACCACCCCCACAUCCGUCUGGAAGCCCACCAGCUCAACGACGACUACUGCGACUGUCCGGAUGGCAGCGACGAGCCCGGAACCGCUGCCUGUGUCGGAAUCAAGGACUACGAUAUUCGAAAGAAGCUCACAUUUUACUGUGCUAACAAGGGUCAUAUUCCAGGACGACUUCCUUCCAACAGAGUAGGAGAUGGUAUCUGUGAUUCCGACAUUUGCUGCGACGGCUCCGACGAGGAUGACGGCAUCUGCCCCAACGUGUGUGCCGAGAUGGCAGCCGAGCGAAUCACCAAGGAGAACGAGCUCAAGAAGACUCUUAGUGAGGGUCUCAAUGCUCGACAGAAGCUGCUGGGACGACUGGGAGCUAUCCAGAAGACCACAAAGGAGGAGGAGAGCGCCAUUAUUGAGAAGAUUUACGACAUAAAUGUCGGAAUCAAGGAGGCCGAGAAGAAGCUGGCCGCUGAGAUCGAGAAGGCCAAGGAGGACUUUGGAUACGAGGCCCCCAAGCCCGAGCAGUCCCCCCUCGAGAAGCUCACCAAUUUCCUCGGUCCCGAAAUCCAGCAGAAAAUCAUGGGCUUUGCUACCGAUGCUCGAAUGUGGAUGGUUGCUAACGGUCUCAUGCCUCACCCUGACCAUACCAAGAGUGCUAACUCCAAUGAGCCCCAGAACGUACGAGACGCCCGAGACGAGCUCCAGGACGAGCAGGAAGAGCUGGAGAAGACUCUCGAGGAGCAGAAGGUGCUUGCUGACAAAUCCAAGGCUUUGCGGGCAGGAAAGGCUCCUGCUGUCAUCUUCUCCCUGCAGGGAGAGUGCGUCUCGUCCCACAUCGGAGAGUACGACUACGAGGUGUGUUUCGGGCAGCAGUGCCACCAGCGAGGCAACAACAUCAACGUGUCUCUGGGCCAUUUUAACUCCAUCGAGGAGCUGCCCCGAUCAGCUGACUGGGAUGAGGUUCUGGAAGGCCCUCGGUACUCGUAUGUCAUGCGGUACGUUUCUGGUGCUAGAUGCUGGAACGGGCCCGAGCGUAUCUCCAACGUCCAUCUUCGAUGUGGAGCAGAGCCUCAGAUUCUAUCUGUUUCCGAGCCUGAAAAGUGCGAGUAUGAUAUUCGAAUGGUGACCCCUGCUGUCUGCGAGGGCGCCAUUGUCCAGGAGGGAAAACAUGAUGAGCUGUAG